AUGGCACUUCCCGGCAUUCCCUAUGAGCAGCGGCUACUCAUCAUGGCGGAGCCGCGGGAGAAGGCGCUGCAGGAUUACAGGAAGAAGCUGCUGGAACACAAAGAGAUAGACGGCCGGCUGAAGGAGUUAAGAGAGCAAUUAAAAGAACUCACUAAGCAGUAUGAAAAAUCAGAAAAUGACCUCAAGGCUCUGCAGAGUGUUGGACAGAUUGUUGGUGAAGUUCUUAAACAGUUAACAGAAGAAAAAUUCAUUGUCAAAGCAACAAAUGGACCAAGAUAUGUUGUUGGCUGCCGUCGACAGCUUGACAAAAGCAAACUGAAACCUGGCACAAGAGUUGCUUUAGAUAUGACAACUCUCACAAUUAUGCGUUAUUUGCCCCGUGAAGUAGAUCCUCUUGUGUAUAACAUGUCUCAUGAGGAUCCUGGGAACGUUUCCUAUUCUGAAAUCGGUGGGCUCUCAGAACAGAUCCGGGAACUCAGAGAGGUCAUUGAACUUCCCCUCACAAACCCAGAGCUGUUUCAACGUGUGGGGAUUAUUCCUCCAAAGGGUUGCCUGCUUUAUGGCCCACCAGGUACUGGAAAAAACACUCUUGGCAAGGGCUGUUGCCAGUCAGUUGGAUUGCAAUUUUCUAAAGGUUGUAUCCAGCUCUAUUGUAGACAAAUACAUUGGUGAAAGCGCUCGCCUUAUUAGAGAAAUGUUCAAUUAUGCCAGAGACCAUCAACCGUGUAUCAUUUUCAUGGAUGAAAUUGAUGCCAUAGGUGGUCGGCGGUUUUCAGAAGGUACUUCUGCUGACCGAGAAAUUCAGAGAACUCUAAUGGAGUUGUUAAAUCAGAUGGACGGAUUUGAUACUCUGCAUAGAGUAAAAAUGAUAAUGGCCACCAACAGACCAGACACUUUGGACCCAGCCUUACUACGCCCUGGAAGACUUGAUCGCAAAAUACAUAUUGAACUGCCAAAUGAGCAAGCCAGGUUAGAUAUUUUGAAGAUCCAUGCUGGCCCUAUUACCAAACAUGGUGAAAUAGAUUAUGAAGCCAUUGUGAAGCUUUCAGAUGGAUUUAAUGGAGCAGAUCUGAGAAAUGUCUGCACUGAAGCUGGUAUGUUUGCAAUUCGGGCAGAUCGUGACUUUGUCGUCCAGGAAGACUUCAUGAAGGCAGUCCGAAAAGUUGCGGAUUCUAAGAAGCUGGAGUCUAAACUAGAUUACAAACCUGUUUAA